AUGCCACCAAAGAAACAGGUUGAGGAAAAGAAAGUGUUGCUCGGCAGACCAGGUAACAAUUUGAAAGCCGGUAUUGUUGGUCUAGCUAACGUGGGUAAAUCUACAUUUUUUCAAGCGAUUACGAGAUGUCCAUUGGGUAAUCCAGCUAACUACCCGUUUGCCACUAUUGAUCCUGAAGAGGCGCGUGUGAUUGUUCCAUCGCCAAGAUUUGAUGAGUUGUGUAAAGUUUACAAGCCAGCAUCUGAGGUGCCAGCGCAUUUGACGGUGUACGACAUUGCCGGUUUGACAAAGGGUGCAUCUGCAGGUGAAGGUCUUGGUAACGCUUUCUUGUCCCAUAUCAGGUCGGUGGACUCGAUUUAUCAGGUUGUCCGUUGUUUCGACGAUGCGGAGAUUAUCCACAUUGAAGGUGAUGUUGAUCCAGCUCGUGAUUUAGAGAUCAUAAACGAAGAGUUGAGAUUGAAAGAUAUUGAAUUUUCUGAGAAGGCGUUAGAAAAUGCUUUCAAAAUUGCCAGGAGAGGUGGUCAAUCACUUGAAGUCAAGCAAAAGAAGGAAGAGGCGGCUUUGAUUGAGAGAAUUAUUGAAUUAUUGAAGUCUGGACAAAGAGUUGCAAAUCAACAUUGGACUCCAAAAGAAGUCGAAGUCAUCAAUUCAAUGUUCCUUUUGACAGCAAAACCAUGCAUUUACUUGAUUAAUUUGUCCGAAAAAGAUUACAUUAGAAAGAAGAACAAGCAUCUGUUGAGAAUUAAAGAAUGGGUGGAUAAAUACUCCCCAGGUGACUUGAUCAUUCCAUUCAGUGUUUGCCUGGAAGAAAAGCUUUCUCACAUGUCAGACGAAGAGCAGCAACAAGAACUUGAAGACCUGAAGACCCAAUCAGCGCUACCAAGAAUUGUUACAACAAUGAGACAAAAGUUGGAUUUGAUCUCUUUUUUCACUUGUGGUCCGGACGAAGUUCGUGAAUGGACAAUCAGAAAAGGCACAAAGGCUCCACAGGCUGCUGGUGUUAUCCAUAAUGAUUUAAUGAACACUUUCAUUUUGGCACAAGUCAUGAAAUAUCAGGAUGUCAUUGAAUACAAAGAUGAUGGAGCUAUCAAAGCUGCUGGUAAAUUACAGCAAAAGGGUAAAGAAUAUGUUGUAGAAGAUGGUGAUAUCAUUUAUUUCAGAUCAGGUGCUGGUAAAAACUAG